AUGGAUUCAUCUACUGAAUCGUUUCAUCAUCAUAAAAAAACUUUGCAUUCGAAACGUUCGUUUGCAAAGCAUCAUUCAACAGAAUCUCCUACUUAUGAUGCGCAAGUACUACUUCUUUUUCAUUUCCUUGUCUAUAUAGCUUACACCGUGUUCAGGUCAGAAGAAGAUAAUGACCCUCUCAGUACCGAUGACGGAGGCUCUUCCUUGUCCAUUCCGACCAUCUCUCGUUCAGCUAAACCCCCCUUUCAAUCAAAAACAGCAUCUCGUGCUCGUCAUCAGCUGGCCUCCAGUAUGCUCUCAGAUGAUGGCACUGAUUCCCAAACAUAUGAUGGCGAUAUAGAGAGCAGCGUCACUGCAGCAGCCGGUUCACAUCCCUUUAACAGGACACUACAUCCUAACCUUCACCAUUCUUCAUCCGCAUCAACAUUGACCUCUCAAAUCGAUGAUGUGCUACCGUCUUCGACACCCGACGCGCUUGCACCUGAUGAACCGAUGCCUACUGCUGAAGCAACGUCUACGUUUAACCCUGCUGCCCUCACUCCCGAACAUAUCCAGGCCUUCAUACGCGAGGCUAUUGAGGGCCAAUCCUCCAGACCCUACAAGAUUAAUCAACCACCGCUGAAUAGGCCUGUUAGAGUUUUUGCGGAUGGCAAGUAUCCCUCUAUCUUGAUAAAUGUUGUGCUAAUUCCUAGUCAUGCCCUGCAAUUACGGCAAGCCAAGCUGUCCUUUCCAUCUGUAUAUUUACUCGCUGGUGUCAACUCCGAUGAGGACGUUGUCACCAAUAAAGCACGCUGUGUGAUGACACAGGCUGAACGAUGUGAGGCUGUGCGACAUUGUCGCUGGGUCGAUGAGGUCAUUCCUAACUCCCCAUGGGUUCUUGACCAAGCUUUUAUCGACAAGUGGAAUAUCGACUACGUUGCUCACGACGAAGUCCCUUACGUGUCGGCCAGUCAUGAUGACGUUUAUGGUUUUGUAAAGGCACUAGGUAAAUUCAUUCCUACUCGGCGUACACCGGGUGUGUCUACUUCGGAACUACUCGAACGCAUUGUGUCAGGAUAUCGGAAGCGCGAUUUCGAUGGGAAGUUGGAAAAGAUGGGCCAUGCUGAACUCAAAGCUGAGGGGUCAGACUUCGAUGAUAAGCGCUAG